CUGGAUUCCUGACCCACCAGGCUGGGACGGCUGGAAAGGGACUUGGAAAAGCAUGCCAAAGCCAAAGUCCAGAUGGAAUUUUUGUCCUCGCUGGAAACAGGCCUGAGGGGAAGGGUCAGAGCGUGGCUGGGGCCACGGGAGGUCAGUGGGGUGUGCUGCUAACCCGGCUCUCUGCCAGCGGCUUUGGGAUCAGAAAUCAUCCGACUUGGCUUCCCUCUUUCAGUUCCUCCUUCCCAGACGCAGGGCAGCCCCAGGACUGCCGCGCUCCCUCCGCAGCUCAGCUGAACAAACACCUGGAUCAUUUUCCCAACUAUUUCUUUUUAAGGAGACGAAAAAAAAAAAAAAAGCGAUUUCCUUCCUUCCUUCCUUCUUUCUCGGUUGGAGCACUUCCGUCCUUCCCUGGAGCAGCCUCUCCCUGCCUGCACAGGCUCACCCUCGGGACACAAGGCAAGAUCCACCUCCUCCCUUCCGCACCCCGGGACUUGGGCUGGGUCGGGAUCUUUCCCUUUCCUGAAGGCAGGAUUUUCCUCACAGUUCAGUCUCAGCGAGGAAACUGAGCUGAGCCUGAGCGUCCCUGCUGUCAGGAGGGAUUUGGGGGCUGGGCACCCUCCUUGCCCCCGUAUCACCCUGGCUGGAUUCCCAGCUCUGCUCAGAGUCUCUCAGAGCCUCGUUUCGUCAUUCCUGUGUUUUUCCUGUGCCCGGCAUUGCCAGGAGCCAGCUGCAGCUGCCUUUUGUCAGGGGCUGCUAACACUUGUCUGUAUCUGUGGGGCCGGCGGCGAUGGCCGAUGGCGAGGGCGUGUUCACGGCCACGGCCCUGCCCGGGGACCCGCGGCUGCUGCCCACGCUGACCAACGCCUUCCUGGGCACCCGCGUGUUCCGGGACAUCCUGCACGCCGCUGGCGUGUACAGCGGGGCGGCGGGGGACACGCACCGCGCCGAUGUCCCCAGCCCGCUGGGGCUGCGCAUGGCAGCGCCCGCAGCUCCCAGCCCGGCCGAGAGCUUCACCCUCAACACCUGGACAGGGACCUUCAGCCACACGAUUCAAUCCUCUGGCUACGUGGCCACCCACCAGCUCUACGCCCACCACUCCCUGGUGCACCUGAUGGCCUUCAGCAUCACCAUCCAGCGCCUGGAUGGCUCCACACAUCCCAUCAGCGUCCAGCUCCAGAGCCUGUUCGUGCCACAGAGCCAGGACCUGGACCUCGCCCCCGGGCCAGACUUCCAGGGAGCGCACUACAUCUACGGGCAGACGCUGGUUCCCGAGGUGGAGGGGGGCCCCCGUCCCGCCGUCCACAUGCUGUGGACCCCCAUCCCGCAGCGGCUGACGCUGGCCGGGGGGGAGCGGGAGCGCUGCUGGCAGUUCCUGACGGCCGUGGCCGGCAGCGAGCGGGAGGCGAAGCGCAGCUACAGCGCGGGGCUGUCGCUGCUGGCCGCGGGGUCCCUGCUCCGCUCCCACCUCCGCUCCUGGGCCGCGCUGCGCCGGGGCUGCUCCGUGCAGCUGGACGGGCCCCCGGCCCUGCGGCAGGCGCUCCACGGCUGCCUCUACUACCUGCUGAGCGCCGUCCCGCCCCGCGACGGCCCCGCCGCCCCGUUCCACGGCAUCAGCCCCGGCGGCUUGUCCAACGGCACCCGCGGCGAGGACUACUGGGGACACGUCUUCUGGGACCAGGACACCUGGAUGUUCCCGAAUAUCCUGCUGCUGUAUCCCGAGGCUGCCCGCGCCAUCCUGCAGUACCGCAUCCGCACGCUGGAGGGCGCCAGGCGCAACGCGCAGGAGCAGGGCUGCGAGGGCGCGAAAUUCCCGUGGGAGAGCGCAGCCACUGGCCGGGAAGUGUGUCCUGAGGAGAUCUAUGGAGCCCAGGAAAUCCAUGUCACCGGGGAUGUCCUGAUGGCCUUCGAGCAGUAUUACUGCACCACGCAGGACCAGAAGCUGUUCCGGGAGGAAGGGGGCUGGGAGCUGGUGGAAGCCGUGGCUCAGUACUGGUGCAGCAGGAUGGUGUGGAGUGAGGAGGAGCAGCUCUACCACAUCACAGGUGUCAUGCCCCCAGACGAGUACCACAGCCAGGUCGAUAACUCUGCCUACACCAAUGCCGUGGCCCGGCGCAGCUUGAAUUUUGCCACUGCCAUGGCUCGGGACCUGCUGCUCCCUGCGCCGGAGGAGUGGGAGCACCGUGCCAGGAGAAUCAAGGUGCCCUUUGAUGAGGAGAGGAAAUACCACCCUGAGUACGAUGGCUACAGCCCAGGUGAGCCGGUGAAACAGGCAGAUGUGGUCCUGCUGGGGUUCCCACUGAUGCACCCCAUGAGCGCCGAGGUGCGGAGGAACGACCUGGAGAUGUACGAGCCCGUCACUGACCCAGCUGGGCCAGCCAUGACCUGGAGCAUGUUUGCCGUGGGCUGGCUGGAGCUGAAGGAGCUGCAGAGAGCCUGGAGCCAGCUGGAAAAGUGCUUCAGCAACAUCACGGAGCCUUUCAAGGUCUGGGUGGAGAACUCGGAUGGGUCGGGAGCUGUGAACUUCUUGACAGGGAUGGGGGGAUUCCUGCAGGUCAUCCUCUUCGGCUUCACGGGGUUCAGGAUCACAAGGUCCAGCCUGCUCUUUGAUCCCGCCUUUCCCGAAGAUAUCACCAAGCUGAAAAUCAGCAGCAUCUCUUACUUGGGCAACAGACUGGAGGUCACCAUCACCAGGGAGGAGAUCAGGAUGGAAGUGACUGAGACUUCCCAGGCCCCUCCAGCAUCUCCCCUGGAAGCUGUGCUGGAGUCAGGACAGCGCUUUCCUCUGUGGGAAGGGCAGAGUGUCUCCUUUCCCACAGCACCUGGAUGGAUCCAGAGGUCACCCAGCAGGACCCCUUAAACCCUGGCUGAUCCGGGUGUUGCCCCCUGGAGCAGAGGAUCUGGGAUGCUGGUGGUGGAAAGAGGGUGCCAGGCUGUGCCACCUGUCCUUGUGGGAGUCAGUGGCUGGAGCUGUCACCAUGGCUGGAGAUGUCACCACGUCUGAGCCCCCCACUCCCCUCUUACUCAACACAGGAGAGAAAACCAAGCCUGAAAAUGACCAUUUCGAAAGUGUUUGCUAGACACUCGGGAGUUGUUUAUGCUCUCAGCAUGUUUGUGUUUGGAAGGAAGCCCAUUCCUGACUCCAGGAUCCUGACUCCAGCUCCUCUGGCAUGUCCUGCCCCGGUCCUUGCCUUUCCCAUGUGUUGCUCUGUGGGCUCAAGGAGCUCAGCCAGUGAUCAUUCAUCAUGAAGGAUCUUUUGGCACUAAAUAUUACUCCAAAAAUUCAGUCAAAAGCCUUUUAACCCUGUGUGGGCAGCACGCA